AUGGCCGAAGAAAGAGAAACGAGAGCUAUGUGCCGAGUCUGGCAGGAGCUAUUCCUGCCCAGCGAAUCGUCCAAAUCAGAUUACCUCUUCGAACCUUGGGUUCGGGGGCGAGGUAGAAUGUUUGGAAGAGACGGUGCUGAAAACCAAGCGUUCUGCUGCGCUGGAGAGAUCUUGCCUCCCAAGGACCCUACUCCACAACCGCAGCCUGAACCGAAACCCGAACCGAAGCCUGAUCCGAAGCCUGAUCCGAAGCCUGAUCCGAAGCCGAGCCCCAAGCCUGAAUCGAAAGACGACUAUGUACCAAGAGUAAAUCUCUUCCAAAGAGAGGUAGACUUGUAA